CUGGGCCCUUCCUUCGCUGUUCGAGAAGCGGGACCCGUCUUCGUCUGCGAUCCGGGGUUCGAGUGCAUCAUCUUCCCGCGCCCGAUCCGAUCGCAGCUCGUUUUCCCUCUUUUUUCGCUUCGUGUGCCCGAGUCCUGCCUCGUACGCGGAGUGGGUUGUCCAUUGUAUCCCGAAAUCGGAUCGUUUAUCCGAUCGGGUGGAGUCGAGGCGCGAAGAAAUCAGCGAGGAGUAGUGACGUGAUCGCUGGCGGGAUUGAUUGUCGAGCUCUGAAGCUGUGGUUAUCGGCAGAUCGGAGGUCUCGCGUGGAGGGAUAUUGUCACGAUGUCGUACAUGAUGCAGCCGUUCGGGAUGCAGUCCAUGCUGAAAGAUGGGCACAAGCAUUUUUCCGGGUUAGAGGAAGCGGUGAUGAAGAAUAUAGAUGCUUGUAAACAGCUAUCGAAGAUUACCCGCACCUCGCUGGGACCUAACGGAAUGAAUAAGAUGGUGAUCAAUCAUCUCGAGAAGUUGUUUGUGACCACUGACGCCGGGACCAUGGUGAAUGAGUUGGAAGUGCAGCAUCCAGCUGCCAAGCUGCUCGUCCUGGCAGCCAGGGCCCAACAAGAGGAGGUUGGAGAUGGGGUAAAUUUGGUAAUAUCGUUCGCUGGGGAGCUUUUGCAGGGCGCUGAGGAGCUCAUUAGAAUGGGUCUUCAUCCCAGUGAGAUCAUUGCAGGAUAUGCCAAGGCUCUUACCGAGGGUUUGGAGGUUUUGGAGACACUUGUAGAACCGAACACCGAGAAGAUAGAUGUAAUGAACAAGGAUGAGGUGAUGAAGAGAAUAAUCCCCGUUGUGGCUAGCAAGCAAUACGGACAGGAAGAGCCUCUCUGUCGAUUGAUUACGGACGCUUGCAUUCAGGUGUGUCCCAAAAACCCCCUGAAUUUCAAUGUCGACAACGUACGAGUUACCAAGCUUUUGGGCGGUGGAGUCUCGGAUAGUUUGGUGGUAUCUGGAAUGGUCUUGAAGGCAGAUGCCGUAGGGUCGAUCAAGAAGGCGCAAAAAGCAAAGAUUGCAGUUUUUGGAGCUGGAGUGGACACCGCUGCCACUGAAACCAAGGGAACUGUGCUAAUCAAGAAUGCCGCUCAGCUUGAGUCAUAUGCCACUACUGAAGAGGCCAAGAUCGAAUCGCUAAUUAAGGAAGUAGCCGAAUCUGGGGCCACUGUCAUUGUUAGUGGAGGUCCUGUUGGUGAGAUGGCUCUUCACUUCUGCGAGAGAUACAAGAUCAUGGUUUUGAAGAUCAUGUCUAAGUUCGAGCUCAGGAGAUUUUGCAGGUCUACCGGGGCCUCCUCGGUAGUGAAAUUGCAGCGUCCAUCUGUAGAUGAGUUAGGUUUCGCAGACUCCAUCUCUGUUGAAGAAAUAGGGGGAACUAGGGUGACCGUGAUCAAGAACGAUGCAGGCGGCAACUUGAUCUCCACCUUGGUACUCAGAGGCAGUACCGACAGCGUCUUGGACGACUUUGAGAGAGCGGUCGAUGAUGGUGUCAAUGCGUUCAAGGCCGCCUGCAGAGACAGCAGACUGAUUCCAGGUGCAGGUGCUUCCGAGAUAGAAAUGGCUAGGAGGUUGCAGGAGUUUGGAUCCAAGGAGACAGGUUUGAACCAAUAUGCUAUUCUGAAGUUCGCAGAGAGCUUGGAGAUAGUUGCCCGCAUCUUGGCGGAGAAUGCCGGUUUGAAUACCCUGGAUAUCCUUUCUACACUCUACUCAGCCCAUGCUAGUGGAAAUCUUCACGCAGGAGUAGAUAUUGAAGGCACGAACCCUACAAAGGACGAUGUAUGGGAUCUCUACAUCACAAAAUUUUGGGCUUUGAAGCUGGCCACGGAUGCUGUUUGUACAGUUCUACGGGUAGAUCAAAUUAUCAUGGCUAAACAAGCGGGUGGACCCAAGCCCCAAGGAGGACACGGAGACGACGAAGACUAGACUGUGACAAACGCUGGGAAAUGAUAUUUCCAGGUUGUUUGCAAGCGCAGGAGAAGGACACAUGUGGCCCCAGUUGCGUAGAUUUAGGUGCCUCCUCGUGCCUCAGCAGGGAGAAACUAGGGUUAUUUCUGCCUCCUGUAGUGAACAUUAUGAUUAGUUUAUGUGGUGAAGAACCGUGCCUCUUAUUUGCGAGCUGGGAUCCAAUGACAUGUCCAUCAGAUGAUCCUCUCUGGUUUUGUGACAGUGUAGAAGAAUGAGUGCGCGGAUUUUCACCCAGAGGGCCAGCAAAGGAUUAUCGAGAGGGAGCAAAAGCACUUGCUGUGUGUAGUGGAGGGGUCUUGAUUGAAAGGCUGAAUCUAUAAGGCUCCCCAGCCUCCUGAGUUUUCCUUACUGUUUUGAUAGUAUCCCAGAUCUUGUAACAAGGAAGUGUUAUAGCGGGAAUGUAACAGCAUAAUCAAAGAGCAGACUUCCAAAUUUGCAAAGAUUGCUCCAGUUCCGAUCUAAAGUUGAGAAGGUUGCUGUGGAGAGGAACUUUUAAGACGUUUUGAAGACGUAAAUACUUGUCUUGAAUGUCGCUAUUGUGAAUGGUUGGCACUGGUGAGUUUUUUCCCUUGGACCGGUGUAAAUUGACGAUCCCCACCAAAUUUCUCUUUUU